AUGGAGGUGGCUAUGAAAUCAUGGGAGCUCGACAACGAGGUCAAGCUAGUCGAUCCAACUCGUGAUGCGCUCUACAACUACUCCCCAGAACGGCAGAAUGAGAACAACGACUUGAGGCCAUGGAAGUCCGAUCCACACCAUUUCAAGCACGUGCGGGUCAGCGCUGUCGCACUCAUCAAGAUGGUCAUGCACGCACGAUCGGGUGGCUCAAUCGAGGUCAUGGGGCUGAUGCAGGGCUACACGGACGGCGAUACCGUCGUGGUGACAGACGCGUUUGGCCUACCUGUUGAAGGAACCGAGACGCGGGUCAACGCCCAAGACGACGCCAACGAAUAUAUGAUUCAGUAUCUACAGCUUUCUCGGGAUCAAGGAAGUCGUGAGGAGAACGUCGUCGGCUGGUACCACAGCCAUCCAGGGUACGGAUGCUGGCUCAGUGGCAUCGACGUCGGUACCCAGCAGAUGCAGCAGAAGUUUAACGAUCCCUCCGUAGCCGUUGUGAUUGACCCUGACCGCACCAUCAGCACCGGUCGUGUCGAGAUUGGUGCCUUCCGGACCUUCCCUGAAAACUAUGAGGCGAACCUUGCGAAGAGCGGUUGUGGUGAUGCCGACAACACGACGUCGGUCCCUCUAGCGAAGGCAGAGGAUUUUGGUGCCCAUGCUAGCAAAUACUAUGCUCUUGAGGUCUCACAUUUUAAGUCAACACUCGACACGCACCUGCUUGACCUGCUGUGGAGCAAGUAUUGGAUACAAACGCUGUCGCAGAGUCCACUCUUCACCAACCGCGACUACGGCAACAAACAAAUGCUCGAUCUUAGCUCGAAAAUCCGUCAGGCAACGGUAUCGGUUCAGCAAGGCGCUAGAGGCGCUGUUCUGUUCCAAAGCUCUAAAAAGGUAGACGUUGAAAUGGACAAGAUUGGUCAAACGGGUCACUCUGUUGCGAUGAAGGAAAAGCAGGGUCUCGUGGCGACUGAAGUCAAAGCAAAAAUCUUCAAUGGGCUGGGAUCUCAGACGACAGCGUAGAGAGAUUGUCAGGGAUAGGCUCGCUUGAUGAAGAGCAAAAGCUUCGCUUCGAAAGCGGGGCACAUUCAUGUGAUACGAAGCAUUGAUCGGCGUUAUUGGGUGGCUUGAAUUGAUCUAUAGAUGAACCGACUAAAGCGACUAUGUACAGGAGUUCUUCAUGGCUACAGAAAUGGUACAGGUUUUUGAUACAUUUUUGGCAAGAGAAUUCCUCUCUCUUCUUACUCCUCGGAUGAACCAUGCAAUAUGCCUGCUACCUUCAUUCGUAAUGGGGACAUCGGUAGGAUAUAGCUUCAUACGUUCCUGCUUAGGGCUACCCGAUGCGCCUUCCUCACACGUGCUAGCGUUUCCUCUUUACCGAGAAAUACCAUGCUCGGUAUCAAUCCGGGGCCCGAAGCGGACGCAAACAUCACCCAUCGCAGGAAUUUCCAGCCCCAGGCCUCGAAUUUCUUUCUAGUAUCCAUGACAUAGCCUAUUGACUUAAUGAACGGCUCAAUGCUACUCUUGAUGUUCUCCUCUGUCCAACCCUCCGCCGGGACACCCUCAAGAGACUCCAGAAGCGUGGUAGCAAGCUCGGAGAUCUUUCGCGGCUGUGGCUGCGUCUCUUUCUCAGUGCCUUCUCGCACAGCGACCUUGUGGAGCAUGUUGCGUUGAUUUGUUAGGGCAAACAUGUACUCUUGCUCU